CGCCAUCACGUCUUCUCUUACCUCACCGCACUGUCAUCAACAUUAGAUCGGAAUGAACUUGUCGAAAUUUCUUCACGACUGUGACAAACAAAUUGCUUCAGGCUGGAACUUUAUCAUGUCCCAGCUUCCACAACGACAGCCUGACCACACUCCCUCUGAAGAUCAACGUUCAAUUCCAAAGAUUUUUGUUCAAGCGCCCAGUCAUGAGCGCAAGGAACAUGUUGAUCAAGAGCCAAAGAAUAUCACUACUUUGAUCCCAAAGUUCACUACUUUGAUCCCAAAGUACACCAAAGACAUCGACCAGCCUCUAAACCAACAGCUACACCAGCAUAAGGUCAAACAUGCUCAGGAGUAUAUCCAGCCGUUUUGGCCGACCGCGAUUUGGAAGGCACUCUUGACACAAGAAAGCAUUCGUGAUGAGCUCCUGAGAUCUGGUGUUGGCAAACCGGUCGCAGACAAUUUGUCAAUGCAGAUACUUCUUCCAGGUUGUAAGGCUCGCGUGUUGAUCUUCACCAUCCUCGUGCUGCUUGCAAAGUCGGCUAGUAUUGAGCACGUGCUGGUUUGCAAAAAGGGAAUCUGCGAUAAUCAAUUGCCACUUGUCUUGAAAAUCCAUCAGGGCAAGUCAGUAUUGAUGCGUGAAAUGGAACCGAUAACUUGCUGUUUCGAAAACUGGGACACUUACAUCCUCGAGGCCUUCUGCGACCACUACAGACGUCUCACAGUACCUGUUUUUGGUCUACGUGAGGGAAGCAACGAGAUCAAUCAUCAGAAAUUCGAUCCAGGUGUAAUACUACCGUGGUGCGAGGUAGAUGAGAACGUCACACCGGUUCCUGCAAUGUCUGGUGGAUACGGCACCGUAACGAAAGUCCGAAUUCAUCCACUUUGCCACCAAUUUCACGACGUACUAGAGUCGAUCAACGUUGCAGGCGGACUGUUCGCGGUCAAGAAACUGAAAACCCGGACUAAAGUUGACUUUGAACAGGAAGUCAAUGCCCUCAAAAGGUUCAGCGGAAAGACUCACAGGCACCUCGUCACUCUUCUCGCAACGUUUGAACAGCGUGAACAAUAUCACAUGAUCUUCCCUUGGGCAGAUUGCGACCUUGAUCAUUAUUGGAGCAAUGUUGAGCCGAACCCUGAUUGGGGCGAUGUUGACCUAAUUCGAUGGCUUUCGAAACAGUGCCUAGGGAUUAUGGAAGCUGUCAGCAUAAUCCACAACCCAUCUCACCUUCAAUCCGACAAGCGAUUUGGCAGACAUGGAGACAUCAAGGCCGAGAACAUCCUCUGGUACGGAUCUGGACCUCGCAGUUCAACAAGAAACAACGAUAGGGGGAUUUUGGUGAUUUCGGACCUUGGUCUCACAGCUAUCAACAGUGACAAGAGCAAAUCCAUGCAGCCUAACACCGGGUUGAAAACGACGCCUUCCUAUAGGCCACCCGAAUGCGAUAUCAAAGGCGGUACGAUAUCCAGAGCUUUUGAUAUAUGGACACUGGGGUGCUUAUAUCUAGAGCUUCUUUGCUGGUUGCUCAAAGGCUCCCAAGGAAAGAAAAAGUUUGACGGUGAACGCAUGACCACCUUCAUUUUUGGAACCAAGACAGACAUCUUCUUCGAUAUUCAGCGCACAGUCCAAUACAAUAAGGAAGCAUACGUCUUUACGAUGAAGGAGGCAGUUACAAAGAAAAUAAGCGACCUUCAUAGCGAUGAAAAUUGUACACUCUGGAUGCAUGACCUUCUGGAUCUUGUCGAGGAGGGUAUGCUUGUAGUCCUUUCCGAGGACCGUAAGCGAAAGACAUCACACUCUCUACUAGAGAUCCUACGAGAAAUGGACCAAAAAUGCCAAUUCGACGAACACUAUUGUCUCAGAAAAGCGCGCUACGCUAAGUUGAGGAGAGCCCCGGCAGGUACACUGGCGGAACUCAAUGAAGAAGCCAAGAAGAUGGUCAACGAGAUGAAACCGGACUUGAAGGAGCACAAAAGAGAUGGAAGAGAGCUGCACAAGUCAAAGAAUGCUGGAGAAUGAACAAGUCAGAAUGCCGCGUGUAUCAUUGUCUAGAGUGCUGAGGGGCCCUGGUGUAAUGUGUUUCUUACUGGGAAUAUGAUAUUCACAUACAUUUCCGUCCGAACACUGGCGAUCCAGCUACCGGAUAUUAAUGAUAAGUUCUGUGAUACAAAAGGAUUCAGCGCAUUGCCAUUUGUAAACAUAGAUCACAGAUAAGUCAUAAUUAAUUAUUGACUUUGAAUUUUGAAAGAGUUGGAGCAGAGGGAAUACAUAUAGUACAUGAUUGGACGUGAGCUGCAGAGUGUUUGCGGACCAGGAAUCGAGGAACUUAACUUUAUUAUGAAGUAAAAGGAGUCGAAGUUUGGUGGCCAACAUGUUGCUAGUUGCAAUUUCCCCUCGUUU